CAGUUUUGAUGGGAUGGACUAUGUCAUAAAUAUCAACUUUACCAGCCCAGUUAUUCUUCCUGUAUCCAACUCAGCAGUUCCAAUUUGUGGACAUUGGAGGGACAGCACAGAUCUCGUGUGCUUCUACAGAAAAAAUUGAAGAUAAUGGAUUAUCAUUCAGCUGGUACAAAGGAAGAGAACAUGGGAUGCCUGUUUUAAUCAAGAGUUGCAGUGAUAACCAAACUGCAGGCAAAUUUGCUUGCAAAGCUAAAGGUCAAAGAGCCACACUGAAGAUCUCGAACGUCCAAACAUCUGAUUCUGGCCUAUAUUUCUGUGCCCAAAGAUAUUCCAGCAGCCUGUAUUUCAGCAAUGGCUCGACCUCGCUGAUUGUUGGAGACAGUUACACCCCAAGCGCCUGGGUGAUGCUUUUACAACCCCGUGCACAAGAUUCACCUUCCCGGUUCAAGAAUCAACUUGCUUGUUUGGUCCAUGGAGCGUCCAGCUUAGUUCAAGUUUCCUGGGGUGUCCCUGGAGAUAUCCAUCACAAGGCCCAGACGCUUCUGGUGAAAAACAACAGUGGGUCCUUAACCUUUGUCAGUCUCCUUCACAUCCCUGAGGGAUCACACACCAGUGGGAAAAACUUCACGUGCGAAGUGAGGUUCAACUUUUCCGGCCCCAGCGUGAAGAAGAGCGCCGUGUUCGAUGCAGGUUCCUCCGCAAAGGAUGACCAGAAGUGCCUGAUCCACAAAGUGUCCCUGGCUGUCUUAGGAAUGUUGGCGUCGCUGCUGCUUUCUUUGGAAGAGAUUUGGCUUUCCCAGACUAGGAUUCCUCACCAAGACCUUGGAACGUCCCUCUUCAGAGGGGCCACAGGAAGAAAUUUCCUAUGCCCACCUGGCCUUUCAUGCAAGGUCGCAAGCUGGGAAGAAGAGAAGGCACGCCUUGCAAGGGGAACCAACCAAAGCUUUGACAGACCUUUGACAAGCAGAUGUGGGAUCACCAAGAGCAAGGUGCUCUGAGAGCCUGUUUUCAGGCUAGAACACAGAGCAACAGAAGCUUCACUGAACUAACUCUCUUGUUGGCAUCAACAAAAGAAACGAUCAUAAGGACUACUAACAUGCCAGAUCCUUUGGCUGGGCUCUUCUGCAGAAAUGCUGAGAAAAGCAACUGGGGAACUCAGAUUCCAAAUUGCUCUUUGAGAGCUAUAUUUGUCAGCAGCUAACUGUCCACUUCUGUGGGCAAAAUCGACCACAGGUGCAUUAUGGGUCCCUGCGUAUGAACCUUGGUU